AAAAAAAAAAAACAAAAAAAAAACCGAUACAAACGCGUGUGCAAUCUAUAUAUAUAUACAUAUAUAUAUAUACAUACAUAUAUAUAUUUCCUAAUUUUAUUUCCGAUAGUGUCGCUCACUGUAUUCGAAAGUGUAGUAAUAAUUUUUUAUUUAUUUUUUAAUCCUUUCUCAACCAAUUAAAUCAAAGAAAUGAAUACCUUCUUCAUUUUGUGCCUUUGCGCGAUAGUAUUGACCUGCUCAGCCAAGCCGCAAUUACGACCCAACGCCAAUAAUAUUCCGUUGGAUGAGAAACCAGAACCGCGCCAUCGCGAAUCCACCACUUGGAUACCGAUAUUAAAAUUUAAUAAGGAGCAAAGUGAAGAUGGCAGCUAUAGAACCGAAUACGAGACGGGUAAUAGCAUCGUGCACGAGGAGACUGGAUUUCUGAAAGACUUCUCUGACACGAAUCCAAAUGGGGUCCUAGUGCAACAUGGACAAUAUUCUUAUCUCUCACCCGAAGGUGAAACAAUUAAUGUUCAGUAUACAGCCGAUGAGCAUGGUUUUCGGGCUACCGGCGAUCAUAUACCCACACCGCCCGCCAUACCCGAAGAAAUUCAAAAAGGCUUAGAUCAAAUCUAUGCGGGCAUUAAGCUGCAACAAGAACGUUUAGAGCAGCGAGCCAAAAGCGAUCCCGAUUUUGCCAAAAAGUUGGAAGAACGCCGUCUAGCGAACAAGAAUGGCCAAUAUGUGGGACUACUGGAGAAUAAUUAGAGAACAACAAACACAUUAUACAAUAAAAUUUAAAUAAAAAAAACAACAAUAACAAAAAAGAACCACCUUUUUUAUCCUAAACGGCUCUCGUUCAAUUUUAUCGCCUUCAAAUUAACAUGAAUUUAAUUAACGUUUUUUUUGUUUUAAUUUCAUUUUAAUUAUAAAUAAUAACAAAGACUGUGAUUUGCUAUAAGUUUUUGGGUGAUAAAUUGCGCGAGAGUGCCACAGAUCGUAGACAAGAAAAAAAAAACAAAAAAAAACAAAACAAAACUACACGUCACUCUACA